CUAGGUUACCGUACCAGCGUGACUGUAGAGGGGCGGUGCAACAGUUUUAAUAGAAAUAGCUUAACGAACGGUGUUCUGAGCUGAUCUCUUAACGUCUAGAAAUGAGCUCUUCUGACGUGAAAACUAUUACUGUGAUCGGCAGUGGGCUGAUAGGCCGUUCCUGGGCUAUGGUGUUUGUCAGUGGAGGCUACAGUGUGAAGAUCUAUGACAACCAACCAGGACAGGCUGCCAAAGCCAUCACAGAAAUCAGGAAGCAGCUGCAGGAGCUGGAGGAAGCCCACAUGCUGAGAGGAGAGCUGACCGCCACGCAGCAGCUCGCCCUGCUCAGCUGUUACGAUGACCUGGCUCAGGCACUGGAGGGAGCCUUCUUUGUCCAGGAGUGCGUAUUUGAGCAGCUUGAUGUCAAGCAGAGCGUCUUCCAGGACAUAGAGUGUCUUGUGGGAAAAGACGUCAUCCUGAGCAGCUCCACCUCCUGUCUGGUGCCAAGCAACGUCUUCUCUAAAGUACAGAACAGGAGUCGCUGCCUCGUCUCCCAUCCGGUAAACCCACCCUACUACCUAAAACUGGUGGAGCUGGUACCUCACCCAGAGACAGCAGCAAGCGUUAUGGACACCACCCACUUCCUAAUGACCAAGGUUGACCAGGUGCCCGUGCGUCUGAAGAAAGAAAUCGAUGGCUUUGCCCUCAACAGAGUGCAGGCGGCCAUUACUGCAGAGUCCUGGAGGCUGGUCCAGGAUGGCAUUAUCUCUGUCAAGGACAUCGACUUGGUGAUGUCAGAGGGACUAGGAAUGCGUUACGCCUUCUUAGGUCCCAUGGAAACGAUGCACCUCAAUGCACCUGCAGGAUUGGAAGACUAUAUGAAACGGUAUGGAGAGGGCAUUAGGAGAAUCCUGACCUCCUUUGGGCCUGUACCAGACUUAUCCAGCGGGGAGGGAGCCAAGAGCAUCGUAAAUGAGAUGUGUGAGCUGAUCCCCAGCGACCCACAGCAUCUGUUGGCCCGGAUUGAGAGGCGGGACCAGCUCCUAAUGGGUCUGGCCAAGCUGAAGAAGGAGCACUAAAAUCAGCAUGCAGGGCCAAAAGUCAAGAGCACUUUUAAUUAUGACUAAAAAGAAAAUCUGUGAAAUUUGGUAGACAGAUAGGAAUUAUGCAAAAAAGAUAACAAUAUAACAAUUUAAAUGAUAAGAAUAUCUUGGGAGUGACGUUCAGUGACACUGAACAUUUGUGCUCUCAAAGUGCCUUUCAUGGAGUUCUUGGACAUCAUAAAAGAACUGUAGCUUGCUACCCAUAAGGAAGCAGGGAUUCAAUUUCAAACAUGUUUUUUCAAACUUUACAGUAUUAAAUCUGUUUGUCUUCAACUUGAUCUCAAAACUAACAUUGUGAUAAUAAAGGGACUGAAUUAAAAGCAAUGACCACUACACACCACAUAAUGUUCUCCCAGGUGAAUAAAUUAUGUGAAAAUGUGAUUAAUGAAAACAAUGAAAUCAAACAUGUAUGUAUUUUUUUUAUAUUAACAUGUUUUAUCCUAUUCCUAAGGACAAAUAAAACCAUGAAUCAAACAU